GACUACAAAAAUGAUGUAAGAUGGGUUCAUCCGGUCAAAAACGCGGUGUUAUAAUUUUUCGUAACCGUUACAGAGGCGAUAAAGUACGUGUUGUUGUUUUUUUAUUCGAACAUUACGCAUUUUCUUUUAAAAAAUAUUCUUCUCGGAAAUGUUGGCACUCUUGUAUGGAUAUUCAAUUAUAUUCAUAUAUAUAUGAUUAUAUUGUGGCGGUGGUCAGCUGUGGUCAGAGUAUCGGAAAGUACCAGGAAUAAAAUUGUGGUAUUUUGUAUGUUUUUUGUUUUUUCAAGUUCUGUUUCACACAGUUGUCGGGUUGAUCUCGGUGUUACGGGGUCAUACAAGUGCUUGGUGCUCAGCAAAGAACAUAUGAUAAAUUGAGAGGUGGUGGUGCUUGGUGAGCCCAGGGAGUUCUAUACGGAUGAGCCAUUGGAAGCAAUCAGAAGAGGACAGAAAAUAUCGCAUAUUUUGGAGCAGGAACCCUGACGGUAUCAGCACAGAAGAGACUACUAGAUUUGAUGAAAAAAAAGAGCAUUACAAAUUAAAAUUUCAAAACUAAAAUCAAUCACUAACAAUAAUUUGCACUGAUUUAGCCUUCAAUCCCUGAUUCUGAAAGGACAAAAUGGUUAGCAAUGGACAAACUAAUACUGGGGUUUCAGAAAAAUAUAAAGUACACGAAGAGAAAGAGACCCUCUACAAUGAGCAGAUGCGAAAUCUGUUGAACCAGAGCAUUGAUCUUAGGGAAGCAGCAGAAAGAGGAGAGGAGACCUGUGUCGAAGAGACAACUAAUAUUAUACUGAAAGCUGAUGAUGUGUUACAAAAUGCCUCAUCUUCAAGUACAGCAUUUUUGGAUGCUCAGAUAUUGCACACUAGCUCUUAUAUAUAUAAAAAUUUGGUGGAGAAAAUGGAUUCACGAUUAAGUGAAUUUAAAGCUAAGGAAUAUGCAGAACGGCUUCUCUUGCAUUUGGAAGGCAAAUCAGCAUGUCAGAACAUAUGGUCAGCUUUAGAAGAUGAAACAGCUUUAGCUUUUAAUAAUACUGGUGGCUGGACCUGGCAAUUCGGUGCUAUUGAUAUCGAAGAAGAAGUAAUUCCUGGACAAAGACCUACUAGACAGAGACGUGAUAUGACAGUUGAUGCCCCUAUGAAGAAUCCUAUUAAGGUACAAAAUCUUGAAAAACAAGAUGAAAAUUUAGAAGUUUACAUGAAAUCCAUCAUGAAGCUUAUUGAAGCAUGGGAAAAAGCUAAUAAAGCACCUCUGCAAUUUUGGGAUUUUGUUCUUCAUCCUACAUCAUUUGCAGAAACCAUUGAAAACAUAUUUCAUGUUUCACACUUGGUAAAAGAGGGUCAGAUACUCUUAAGUUUAGAUAGAGAUGGAUUACCUGUGAUAAAGGCAAUUGCCCAGAAGGAUGACGGUAAAAGUAAAGCUGAAAUAAGUAGAGUCCCAGUUGCCGUUUCACUUGAUCCUAAACAGUGGGAAGACUUGGUACGGGCUUAUGGGAUAGAAAGACCAAUGAUACCAACCAGAAUUGCUGUUGAGCCAUGAUCUGUGUCAGUUGAGAAAAGAAGGCAGUAUUAUUACUGAGUGUAUAUUUGUAAUUAAUAAAAAUGUACAUACUUUUUGUAAUUUUCUACAAUAAACUCUCAUAUUGUGAAUUGAUUUUUGU